UGUACUUGCUGUAGUAUUACUGCUGUACUUACUGUACUUGUAUUCUGACCAGCUGUCCUUAAACGUCUGAGUCUCUGACUUUUCAGAUGAAACUUGAAACCACUUCAUUUUUUCUACUUCCUGUAGAGCCUUUCAAAGUAAACCUCCAGUAAUAGUAAAUAUAAUAAACUUUAUUACUACAACACUUUUCAAAACAAAGUCAUAGAAGCUUAAUGAGACUAAAUCAGACUGACAAUGAUCAAACAUUAAAAGUAAUAAUAUUAAUAAUAUAAGAUUAAAAAACAACUAUAGUAUUAAAAUGGAUCGGUCAUUACACACUACAUUAAAUCACUUACUAACAUCAAAAAUAUGUUUGUUUGUUUUUUGUCAUUUUUAAAGGUAAUUUUUUAUUUUGUCUACUUUUCACCACUUUAUAUUUUAUUUAUUUUAUUUUUUCAUUUUUUAAAUCGUAUAAUUUUUAAAUAGUUUUGUCCAGUUUGUUCGAUUUAAAUUCUUUGAAUGAAAGAUUAAAUAAAAUAAAUGUAUUUAUAUUUGGUUCAUAUUUUAUUAGGUUAACGUCAUAAAAACUUCUGUUAAUAUUUUCCUUUAGUUAUUAUAUCUUUAAUUAUUAUAUUUGUAAUUAUUACCGGGGCUUUGAGCUUAUCACUUCGGCUGUUUCAUUGUUCACUACAACUCCCAGCAGCCUGCGCGUUGCCGGAAGUCGUGAAGCCUCCGUCAAAGAAGAGUAGCAGCUACAACUGAAGAUGAUGAAGAGUAAAGCAGACGAGGAAGACUACUGGAACAGCUCCAAGUUUAAAGCCUUCACCUUCGAUGAUGAAGAUGACGAGUUCAGCCGGUUAAAGGAGUCAAAGCGGGCGGUGAACAGCAUUCGCUGCCUGGUGGAGGAAGACGAUGAUGAAGAAGAGGUGGAGAAGGUCAGCUGGAGCGGAGAACCUGUCGGCAGUAUUUCCUGGUCGGUCAGUGAGACGGCAGCGUCCAAUCAGAAAACAGACAGAGAGCCCGCCUUCCCCAAAAUCAACACAGACACAGUGACGAUCAGCAAGAGUCACUCAGGAUACUCUCUGAGCUCUCUAUUCAAAGGAAAAACGAAAGGAGGAAACUUCCAGUCGUUCACUGACUCGCUCAGUGACUCGUCUGUCAGGCUCUACGCUCCAGAACUCAGAAAACCCAAAUCAGAAUACAAGGACUAUGUCAGUGAUUGGUCCCCAGAAGAAACGGUCCAGAGAAUGCAGCAGGGAAAGGUUGUGUCUCUAGAGAAGUUUCGUUCUCUUCAGGAUAAACUGUUGCUGCUGGAUUACGCUGUCACUGCUCACGAUGGAAACGUCAUCACUGCUGUUUUAAUAUAUUUAAAGAGGACUCUGAGUAAAGAGGUUUUGUUUCGGGAGCUGGAGUCCAGACAGACGGCUCUGAGACAUCUGAUCCACUAUCUGACUGAAACCAGAGACCAGAGGCUGCUGCUGGAGCUGUUCAGAGCUCUGGGCCGGAUGGAGGAUGUGGCACUGUUGCAGUACAAAGAACACCUGAGCAUCGCUGAUGAAAACAAGAGGCGGGACUUUCUGAAGAGCUGCCUCAGUCUUCCAUUUUCUCCAGAAGAUUCCUCUCAUGUUCAGGAUCACUACACUCUGCUGGAGAGACAAGUUAUCAUCGAGACCACCGACCGACAGGCAGAACGUGGUGGAAAGGUGGAAGUUUUCCAGAAGUUUCCCAGAAAAGCUUCGAUCCUCAACAUGCCGCUGAUCACGACACUCUAUUACUGCUGCUUCUACCACUACAACGAGUCAGAGGGAACCUUCAGCGGCCCGUUGAACAUCCGUCAGACCUUCAAGAUCUCUGAGAAGCAGUACUUUGUGACGGCGUUGGCAGCGCGGGCGAAGCUGAAGUCGUGGUCGGAUGUAGACGCUCUGUUCACCAGCAGGAACUGGCUCGGCUUCACCAGGAAGAAGUCACCGCUCAGCUUCCAACGAGUCGUAGACAUCCUGCAGAAGAACUCCGCCCCCACACAGGUGCUGCAGGACUACGUGGCACUGGUUGAUGAUGCGGAGCUCAGGAUCUCUUUGGCUCAAAAAUACAAGUGUCAUGACAUCGUCAUCAACACGUACCGGGACUUGAAGGACCGGCAGCAGUUGAUAGGAUACCGAGGGAAGGUGGAGAGAGGAUCAACGGAGGAGAAGAAGAUAGAGGAGCUGCUCAACAACACGCAAAUCCGGUGGAAGAACUAAAUGAUCUCGUUUCAUUUGAAGACUUUUAUUUUGAAACAAAAAAGCUCUUUCCUGAAGAGAAGUGCCAUCACCGUGACAACAGAGCCGUCCAAUCAGAUCACAUCUGCGUCUCAUUGGUCACAGAGCCCAGUGCUGACUUUGACUCCGCCCACAGAACACAGGGUGGGUGGGGUUUGAUUUUAUGAAUAUUAAUAUUGAAAAAAUAAAUAAAUAUUUAAAUGAA